AUGCCGCCCAAGAAGGACGCUAAGUCUUCGGCUAAGCAGCCCCAGAAAACACAGAAGAAGAAGGAGGGAUCCAGCGGCGGCAAAGCCAAGAAGAAGAAGUGGUCCAAAGGAAAAGUACGCGACAAGUUAAACAACCAGGUUUUGUUUGACAAGCCUACAUAUGAAAAACUGUACAAGGAAGUGCCACAAUACAAGCUGAUCACUCCCGCCGUUGUGUCUGAAAGGUUGAAGGUCCGAGGUUCCCUUGCGAGGCGAGCUCUGAUCGAACUUAGAGAAAAAGGCUUAAUCAAGCAGGUUGUCCAACAUCACGGACAAGUUAUAUACACAAGAGCAACCAAAGGUGACGAUCCCGUUGCCUAA